AUGCGCCCUGAAGCAACGCUCGCUAGGCCGCAACUCUCCGUAUUGUAUCUCAUGGAAAAACCAAAAACGGCAAAGGAAACAAGCAUAGGGCAACUUGUUGAUGCAAAUUGGAUCGACCGAGAUCUACCAGGUUCGUGGAAGUCUACAUGCGAUGCUCAGCACGAUGGGCUUUGUAAAACAUUUCCCAAUCGAGCACUUUCAUCUAUAAGGCCUGCAUGGCUUGUAGACGUCAAGCGUCAAUGUCUUGUCGCAGCCCCGCAAGACUGCUCUUAUAUCGCCCUGAGUUAUGUAUGGGGUAGUCAAUCGACUUUCAACACAACUGAGGGUGACCUCAUUUACCUCCAGAGUGACGGAUCGCUUUCAGGACAAUUGACCAAACCUAUCGCUAGGACGAUACGAGAUGCCAUGGGUUUAGUCGAGAUUUUAUCAGAGCGAUACUUAUGGGUUGAUACUCUAUGUAUUGUUCAGGAUAACAAGACAGAAAAGGCACGAGAGAUAACAAAGAUGGCAAUGAUCUACGGCAAUGCUUCCGUCACGAUUUUUGCAGCCGAUGGAGAACAUGCCAACAGCGGGUUACGCGGCUUCCGGGGCAUAUCAGAGCCCAGACGUCUACAUCAGACUACUCAUUGCAUCGACAAGGAAGCAAUGGUAGUAACAACUCCUGUUCCAUCGGGAAACGCCUAUGAACCUGGAAACGAUCGGUCAAUUUGGGAAAGUCGAGGAUGGAUAUUCCAGGAGUACUUCUUUUCCAGAAGAAGGCUCAUUUUCAACGGCAACUGUAUGCGCUGGGAGUGCAACUCCGCCGUCUGGCGAGAACACGUUCAGCUGCCACCAGAACUCGACUCUAUCGUGGCAAGGGUCGUCCCUUGCAGUUUUAUCUUGGAAGGUUCUAUCCCAGACUUGAGCUUUUUCAGCAUCAUUUUAAGUGAUUAUAACGAAAAGCAAUUCACCUAUCCAGAAGACUGUCUUGAUGGCUUUGCGGGAAUAUCAUUACUGUUUAGCACUCAGCUGUGUGGUGGCUUCAUGUCUGGCCUACCGAUGGCGUUCUUUGAUCUAGUCCUCUUAUGGGAGCCAAGAGAGCAUCUAACCCGGAGGGCUGCCAAAAAUUUGAAAAGGGCGAAAGAUCUACCCAGUUGGAGCUGGGCUGGGUGGUCUGGCUACGUUAUUUUCCCUCAUGAACCUAAUGAUGACUUCAUCAAGACGGAAAGUCAGGCGACACAGAUUAGCAACCAAGGCACGAUACGAACCCGGUUUUGGAAAUCACAUAAGGCGCCAAACUCCACUGGAACCCCAAUUCAUGCUAGCAUAUUUGAUUUUAAAGAUGCGGCGGAUUCGGGACACUUCGACCAUGACACAAGCUGGAAAAAGCAAAAGGUUUUAGAGGCUUCAGAGUCGGAUUCAUAUUACCCAGACUCUAUCUGCCGUACGCACUUCUACAAGCAUGAAGCGUUCCCAUCUCAUGAGUUUUGGUACCCAAUCCCACUCAUGCAGCCAGAGGAAGCGGUGCCUCCUGUGGUAUCGCCGUAUAUAUCCUCUACAAGUCAGCGAGCCUGGCUUUUCUGUGACCAAGAGCCUUGGAAGGCGUUGAAAGGAUAUCCAUUACUCUCCCUUCGUCAGCGUGAUGGGACCUGGGCUGGAACCCUGCGACCACAUGACGACCUCGACAUAUCAGGUCUGACAGUACAAGACCCUAACGAAGCUGUUGAACUGGUAGAAAUUGCAAGGGGAUAUUGUUCAGAAACAGAAUGGUCAGGUAUCGAGGAGCGUACACAUCCAGAAAGGCCCAAAUAUAGUCAUUGGUAUGAAUACUAUACUGUUAUGUGGGUUAAAUGGGUUGAGGGUAUCGCUUAUCGUAGGGGGUUAGGCCGUGUCCAUAGACCUUGUUGGGAGGCGCAGAGAGGAGAUCCGUUUAAGUUCAUGCUGGGUUAA